AUGAAAAACAAUGGCGAUGCAGAAAUAGACGAGUCUCUGUACUCAAGGCAGCUGUAUGUUGUUGGCAAGGAUGCAAUGAGGAAGAUGAUGAGGAGCAGAGUUCUUGUUAUUGGGCUUGAUGGGCUUGGGCAGGAGGUAGUGAAGAAUAUAUGCCUGGCGGGGGUGAGCAGAGUAGCGCUUUUUGAUGAGAGUACAGUUGCAGAGGAAGAUCUGUGCACUGGAUUCUACUUCCGAAGGAGCGAUAUUGGCAGGCCUAAGGAUGUUAGUGUUCUGGAGAGGUUUAAAGCAAUGAAUGAGUAUGUGAGUGUUGAGGUGGUUAAGGAGCCAAGUACCUUUGAAGGAUAUGACGUAGUUGUAGUAUGUAACGAAGGAUAUGUGGAGCAGACGAGAAUGAAUGAGAAAGCAAGACAGAGUGGAUGCAUGUUUAUUGGAUGCCAAGUGCAAGGAUUGUUUUCUCAGGUUUUUUGUGACUUUGGAGCUGAGUUUAUCUGUGUUGACAGGACGGGGGAGAUUCCAGUGAGUGGGAUGAUCAAUGACAUAAGUUGUGAAGGAGUGAUGACUGUAGUUGAUGAGCAAAGGCACAAUCUUGAGGAUAUGGACAUAAUUAAGGUGACGCAAUGUGAGGAGUAUGAAGGAAAAUAUUUCCGUGUGAAGGUUAUGUCACCUAUACAGGUGAAGCUGCAGGCAGUAGAUGGAGUAAGACUGUUUGAUGAGGAAACUGAGUUUAAGGAAGAGAAGUUCAAGGCAGUGUAUGGAGGAGACUUUGAACAACAGAAGAAGCCUACAAUGAUAUCAUUCAAGCCUCUGAGUGUGGCAGUUGAGAAUCCUGGGAUUCUUGGAUUCAACUAUGAGGUUGGUGAACGAAACCUUGUUAUUCACAAAUGUUUUGUUGUUUUAGGAGAGUAUAUUGAACAACACAAGCAGAUGCCAAGUGGAGAGGAGUUUCUUUCAGUGUUUGUGAAGAAGUACCGAAGCCAUUUUGAAUUUGAAGGGUUGAUUAGACAAUUUGGAAGGCAAUGUGGAGGAAUGCUGAUGCCGAUGUGUUCAGUAGUUGGGGGAUUUGUGGCACAGGAGGUGUUGAAGGCGAUUGGAAGCAAAUUUACGCCAUUGCAGCAAUUUUUCUAUUUUGAUGCAAUUGAUGUGAUUCCUGAUGAAUCUAAGAGUGAUGGAGAGUGUGAGCACACCAAGGAUAUACAAUGUGAUAAUCGAUGCAUGAAUGGCGAUGAAUGUAGAUAUGCGCCUAUGAUCCGAUGCAUUGGAAGAAAGAAUGUUGAAAAGUUGUUUAAGCUGAAUGUCUUUAUGGUUGGAGCGGGAGCGAUUGGAUGUGAGCACCUGAAGAACAUGGUUAUGUGUGGGAUAGGAAGAGAUGGGAGGAUUAGCGUGACUGAUAUGGAUGCUAUUGAGCAAUCGAAUCUGAACAGACAGUUUCUAUUUAGAUCGUGUGAUGUGUCGAAAAUGAAGGCAGAGGUAGCUGUGAGGGAGGUAACUACGCUGAAUGAGGACUUUUUAAAGGUUGAUGGAUAUGAAGUAAGAAAGACAGUUGAUCUGAUGAAUGGAGUAUCUGGAGCAACAUCUCUACAACCGAAUCUAGUCUAUUAUAACUUGAAGGUUGGAAGGGAGACUGAAGCGGUGUUUAGUGAUCGGAUGUUUCAGUCAGUGAAUGUGAUUGCUACUGCUCUUGAUAAUGUUGAUGCAAGAUUGUAUGUUGAUGAGAGAUGUGUGGUGAAUAGGAAGUUUCUUGUUGAUGCAGGGACAUCUGGAACGAAGGGGAAUGUUCAGGUGAUUGUUCCGUUCCAUACGGAGAGCUAUGGAUCUAGUCAGGACCCACCGGAGAAGUCGAUUCCACUCUGUACGAUCAAGAACUUUCCUCAUUCGAUUGAGCAUACAAUUGAGUGGGCAAGGAGUGAGUUUGAGUUUAAGUUCCAUGACCAGGUGAAUCAGAUAAAGGAAUACCUAAGUAGGAGUAAAGACUGCGAAGAUGAGAGUGAGUCUGAUUCUGGAGGUCGAACAAGAGAUACGAAUAAUGAGACAAUUGAGGAUCUGGUUGAAAAGAUGCCGUUUGAUGAGAAGGAUUGCAUAAGGAAUGGGAUUAUGCUGUUUGUGAAGUUAUUUCACACGUCUAUUAAGAACUUAGUUACUGCGUUUCCACCUGAUUCGAAGACGAAGGAGGGGCAACCGUUCUGGAUGCCACCGAAGAGGCCACCUGUGACUAUCAGUUUUAAUGUGUCGAAUGAACUUCAUAUUCUGUUUGUUCAGAGUGCAGCGAAUAUCUUUGCAUUUAACUUUGGAAUUGGAAAGAGCAUAUCUAAAGAGAUGGUUGUUGAUCUUGUGAAGAACGAGAUUUUGGUUGAGGAUGUUCCUGGAAGUUCUUCAGGGGUGGUAGAAGAAACAGGAUUCAAAGGGUGUAUGGAUCCUGAAAGUAUUAUACCAGCAUCUUUUGAGAAAGAUGACGAUGCUAAUUUCCAUGUGGACUUUGUUUAUGCAGCAGCAAACCUGAGAGCAGCAAAUUACAAGAUAAGGCAGGUUGACAGACUAACGGUGAAAGGGAUUGCUGGAAGGAUUAUUCCGGCAAUAGCUACGACGACUGCGGUUGUGUCUGGACUUGCGAUUCUGGAAAUGAUGAAGCAAGCAUUUGGAGUUGAGCAUACGAAAUUCAAGAAUUCGUUUUUGAACCUUGCACUACCGUUUUUUGCAAGUACGGACCCGAUGGAGCCUCAGAAGCAGACCUACAAGAUUGAGAAUAAGAAGUAUACAUAUACGCUGUGGAGUAGAUUAGAGUACAAGGAUGCGAAGCUGGGAACGAUCUUGGAAGCGUUUGAGAUUCAAUUCAAGAAGAAAAUCUCGAUGGUUACUGCAGGAAAUGUGCUUGUGUAUUGGGACUUUGAUUCGAAGUAUGCUGACAAUCUUGAAAAAACGAUUGGAGAACUUGUUAAGAGGGAGCCAGGACAGAUGUUAGUGAUAUUAGAUGUAGUUACGGAUGAUGAUGACGAAUUCCCGAGAAUAGUGGUAGUCUUUGAUUAA